AAACAAAAAUUCGUCCACCGCGCCAAACCGCGUUGCGAAGUGCGGUUAGCCGUUUCCCUGAUAAGUGCUUCAUUUUUCCAACUACAAGUUGCUUUGGUAGUUGGUGCAACUAUUUACGUGCGUGCGCGCACUUAAGCACAAGCUUACAUGAAGAGUAUGAAUAAAUAAUGCGCGCUAACCUGCGCCAACACGCGAGCCGCGGCCGUGAGGACGGCGCCGUAGACGGCGAACCAAAGUAGCAACGCGCCAUUUCUGCCAAGCAAGAUUCCACGGCGGUCGCAACGAGAUUUCGCUUUUGCUGCCUGAUGAAUACCAAUGGUAACAACUUGACUCGGGGCAUGGACUAAAUACGAAAGGACUGGAGAAGUUGCUCGCAGUAACGACAUACAUAACCUUACAACAUGAAUGACGAACUCUGGUGGAAGGAGAAGCUGUCAUGCUUGGACCUCGAGCGCAGUUGCUCACAACUGACAUCGGAGGACAGUUGUUGGCUGUGUGACGAUCUCGAAAACUGGAACGCUGUGCUGAACCCUUUGCGCCUUAACCUCAGCGAGUGGCAACUGGGAAAGCUUCAGUUCUGCACGCAAGUAGGAAUCGCCGAGAUUUAUUCGAAAGACUGCAACACUCAAUAUGACGCUGCCUACUUCAUGGCAUGGUUGCCAAGAAAACAUAGCUGCAUUGAGGCGAUCCGCUUCAGUGAACAUCAUCCACAUCCACAUAUUCUUUCCAUACCUGAACCAACCAUCACAGAGUGUGCGUUGAAGCUGCGCCACAUAGUCAUUGCAGGCAAUGCAUCCUAUGAUUGGGCCUUGCUUCUCGACGUCUUGGGGUCCAUCGUGUCACUUGAGACAUUCCAGCUGCGCAGCGUAGAAGUGAGCAAGAGCUUUGCCACGAAGGCUGGCGAACUUCUAUCUGCCAACUGUGCUUCCAUCAAGACCGUGACUUUGUCCAAAGCCACGAUUCCUCGCAGUGCCUCAGAGGCUCUCCUGAGUGGCAUAUCAAAAUGUGAGAACCUUCGGGAACUCGCACUCAGUUCAAACCUGAGCACCAGCGCACUGAGAAAUCUAGCCAAGCUGCUGCGAUCAACGAAAACAUUGAAGACGCUGCAUUUGCAAUUAGCGCCUAACGUGCACACCUCAGAAUCACGCUACCGGAGAAAUGAAAAAAGAAUAGCAUCGGCAGUUGCCAAACUCUUGCGGAGAAACAUGUCGCUCGUCGAGUUGCAUUACCAAGCAUCUAAUGAAGCCACUACAAAUAUUCUGACGGCUGUUGAAGCCAAUAAUACACUCAAGCACCUGGUAAUCACUGGUGAGGAUCCUAAAGUUAGCUACAUUGACUCAACUAUUGGCAGUUUGCUCGAGUCGGUGCUACUGAACAACCGAAGCCUUUGUUCACUGACUCUUAAAGGCUACAAAAUGCUCAGUGGUGUUGCCGCGCUCAUAUCCAAGGGACUGCAAGGGAACACUACUCUAGAGAAUCUUGAUGUGUCUCAGUGCUCUGUGGAUGGGACCGAAGUGCGAGUUCUCUGCAAUGCCCUGAAACAAAAUAAGACAUUGCACAAGUUGAAGAUUGAAGCCUUUCAUUUAGCAUCGAAGAGAAAAAGGUUGGAACUGUAUGCAGAACUGGACAAGAACCAGUGGUACAGCCGCGUUCAGCUAACCCUCAUAGACGCAGUCACUCAAGAGCUUGUCACGUCCCUGUCACAGCCAUCCCAGUGUCCCACCGACAUACACCUCCUGGUCGACGGGGACGCUGGAGCAUCCUUUACUGCCCUAUUCAAAGCACUGAGUGCUAGCCUUUCUGUAAAGAGCUUAAGUGUUUACUUCAACGGUGCCGAGCUUGAACAUUUGACGAACCUGCUCACCAUGCUCGAAGAAAACAAAUCCCUGAGAUCUGUCAUGCUGCAUGAGAGCUUUUUAGACUCGAGCUGUGCUGCGAUGGUGGUGCAGGGACUCAUUUUGAACGAAUCCGUGGUGGAGCUGACGUUGGAGUGCCGCGAACUAAGCAGCUUGUCUGCGGAACUGAUAGCGCUGAUGCUUGAGUCAAACGAAACCCUGUACAAGUUCCACCUCUCAACUUUUCCUAAACUGACACCCAACUUAGUACACACUAUAUCCCAGGGAGUCAUUGAGAAUAAGUUCAUCACCGAGGUGACCAUUGACUGCGCGGCGCCGUCUGUGAGAGCAUCUGUCCAGAGGAACACGACGCGCCUGCACCGCGCUGUUCGUUUUGUGUUGAGACGAAAUGUGGGGAAGCGGUGUGCUGAAUCAUUUGAACUCCUCGAGUCGAAGCCAUCCUUGAUUUCAGGUUUGCAGUCAGCGGCUGGGAUGACCGAAGCGGAAGCAAAGUGUGCUGUGAAGGCGGCCAGGCAUUUUCUGUGGACAAAUUACCUGUUCAUUAACCACAUUGUUCGCCACAAGUUGGAGUGCUACCCUGAAGAAGGUACGCAGAUAGAUGAACUCAGUCCGGAUUGUUGGUUCGCUAUUGCAAAGCACUUGCAGAUCUGUGAUGUGCUAUGCCAUGGUGAUUUCUGAACCCUAGUCCUUGGUGUUAACUAAUGUGAACUGAUUACAGCAACUCAUGACUUUGUAGCACAUGGUGCAGUUCACCAUGUGCUACAGAGUGAUAAGCAUUGUUUGUCUUUCCCGAUCACUGCUAUUGUUUCACAUCUUUAUGUGUUUUCUUUGUUGUGGUAUACUCUUUUCUCAUAAAUAUCUAUAGUACUUGUAAAUUGAGGCGGGAUUUGGCAUUGCAUUAUGACAGAAAUUGACAUUGAAAGACACAUCACAUACCAUAUCUGUAGGAUUUGAGGACGGUGCUUAUUGUCUUAUUGCGAUGUAUUCAAGUACAAGCUAAGGUAGAACUUUGUGAAAGUCUAAAAAUGUUAAGUGCAAAGAAAGGCAGAGAGAUGAUCCCUCUGUAUUCCUACACCGGAGAACUGCCUUUCCGUGUUCAACCACAUCUCUCUUCUGCACAUGUGUGUUUUGCGUGUUUGUGUGUGUUGCGCAUGCAUACAUGUGUGUACAAAAAUGUUAAAUGUGCAUAAAUGGUAUGUGUUCAGUGUAAAUUUUCGGCGUUAAGUAGUUAAAGGAUGGUGUGUGUUGUGUUCCACUGUGGUAUGAUAUGUUCAGAAGAGAACAUUGAAGAAGCUAAGGUUAGAUUUUGUGAAAGUCUGUACUGCCGAUUCAGUGUUCAGUCACAUUUCUCUUACUACCCUACAUGUCUGUGUAUGUGUAAGCUCAAAGAUAAGUUAAAUGUGUAUAAAUGGUAUGAAUUUAGUGCAGGUGUUCUGCCUUUAGUACCAAAGUAAGGUAUGAGGUGUGUUGUGUUCUAUUAUGGUACGGGAUGCUUCAAGAAGAAACAUUCAAGAACUGUUUGUAUUGUGCGUGGUUGUAGAACAUUGGCAUUGCACUGGCAUUUUCUAAUGUUUUUGGGACAUUACAUUUUGAAUGUCUACACUGCAUUUUUUGGUACACUGCUAUAGACAUUGCAGCACUGUAUAUACUAAAAACAACGUUUUGAGUAUAUACAAUCCUCAUUUCUUAAAUGUUCCAUUAUUCCUCAAAGCAUCAUGUAUUUUGUCGUCAUGUAAAUUUCCACGUUAUUGCUGUGUUGUCCGUAUUAACUCGCAUUACGAAUAACUGGUUUGCAACAGCAUGAAGAUUCUGCAACUGUAGAAAGUUUUAUUAAAUAAAGCCUUUCAAUAAAUUUCAGUUACACGAA